UUUUCCAAUAACUUGCCCUGGGUGAACGGCUGGGUCCUGGGCUGCACUCUGUCCAUGGAGGAGGUGGAGGACAGAAGGAUGCUGGUGAACUAACACCCAUCAUGGAGAACCCUCCACCCCUGCACCACACGAGGCUCUGAGCAGCUCCUUCAGCACCACUGUUACAGCCACAGGCAGGAAGGAGCUGCUGCAGGUCACUGCUCCCACAGACAUCACACAACACAGCACUGCUGUGAUACACAAUCGUCUUUUCUUGCACUAUUAUUACAGUUGUUUCUUCCUGUCCACUUUUCUUUCUGUUCGUCAAGCUGCUGCUGUAAACACAAAACUUUCCCCAUUGUGCGAUUAAUAACGUUGUCUCCUAUAUGCUCAGACAUUUCUCCUCUUCAUGUGUGGUAAUGAGCUGCUCUGUGGCACAGGUCUCCAGUCUUCAUCAGUGACUCUGUGAUUGACACGUGUGGUCUGAGUUGGACUCAUCCUGGGUUUUAGACUUAUUCUGAUUCUGUGAAGUUGUUCUGUUUCUGUCUGGUGACAGGAUGCAGUCACGUCGUUUCUAACAAACUACCCCCCUUUCACUUCCUGUUGUCAACAGUCGGACUGCCCAUGAAUGCAUCACAGCUUGUUCUGAACUCACAUCCUUGGUUUUAAUGUGAACUUUCACAUUUUUUGCUUUUUGCACCAUUUGUUGAUUCAGUUGCUGCUUCGAGCUGCUGUUGACCAGAUGAACUAAACUGUGAUGUUCCUGUCAUGAAAACACAUCACAGACGCAGGAAGGAGGUUCUGCACCUACACAACCGAGUCUUUACAUGGUUCUUCGUGCAGCAGGAUGACAGGGAACCUGCUGCUGUGGCUGCUCCCAGUGACAUCACUGCUGAGCUGCCCAACAAGGCAAGCUCGUCUCACUGUGAGUCCCAGCAGCUCUCAGUUCUUCAAAGGAGACUUUGUGUCUCUGAGCUGUGAGGUUGAUGGGAGAUCUGGAGGAUGGACGGUGAAGAGGAACAAUACAAGACGAUGGAUGACUCAGUGUGAAGAGUGGGGAAAACCUGAGGGUUCCACCUGUAACAUCAGCUACGUCCUCCCUCUGGACAGUGGAGUUUACUGGUGCGAGUCCAGCUCUGCAUCCAGCAGCAGCAGCAGCAGCAGCAGCAGCAGCAGCAGCAUCAACAUCAGUGUCUCUGGUGGAUCAGUGAUCCUGCAGAGUCCUGUCCUCCCUGUGAUGGAGGGACAUGAUGUCACUCUGCACUGUCAAACAAAGAGCCCUCCCUCCAAGCUCCCAGCUGAUUUCUAUAAAGAUGGCUCCCUCAUCAGGACUGAGCCUACAGGUCACAUGACCAUCCACCGUGUCACCAAGUCUGAUGAAGGAGCCUAUAAAUGCAGCAUCCAGGCUGGUGGAGAGUCUGCGUCCAGCUGGCUGCUGGUUUCAGGGUCGCCUCCACCUCCGCCUCCACCUCCACCUCCAACCAUCUUCCCUCUGAUCCUACACCUGCUGGUGUUCUGCCUGUACCUCAUCUCCACUUUGCUCAUGGUCUCCACAUAUCGACAGAAACAUUCAGAUAACUGCCUGCUCGUUUCCAUGGCAAUGACAUCACUGGACCCUGCCAAGGAGGAGCCUGGCGAUGUGGUGAUGACGGAGCUUCGAACCUGAGCAGACUGAUUUACCCGACAUGAUAAUGUGGUUGAUCAUAACAGGG